CGUUUCUCUUGUCCUCUCAGCUCCGUUGAUUUCUUCGUUUGGAGGAGGAUACCCUCAAAGGCGUUCUACUGUGGAAUUGAACCGAUUUUGAAGAUGAAUUGUUAUCAUCUUCAGCAGAAUGCCUUCUCAGCCUGUGAAGAGAUGAGAGACUCUCUUCCCAUUACUGAUCAGAAUGGCCCUGUCAUUUGCCCUAAGCCACGUCGACUUGGGGUUUUAAUGAACAUGCCUGUACUACCCUUGAGAUGGCAUCUGAGUCAACAAGCUGAGGGGUUUGAUUCUAAAGCUGGGGCAGAGCUACUUGACAUUAUUCUUAAGAGGGAGAGUUAUGGGGAAGAAUUUCCAAAUCUCCAAUAUUUUUGUGGGUCUCCUCCAGUUCGGGCUGCUAAUCCCUUGACCCAAGAUGCUCGAUUUGGAGAUGAAGAGCAUACUCGUACGUCUACUAUUUCAUCACCUUCAGGUUUAAUGUCUCCAUCCUCAGCAUCUCAUAAAGGAGGAUGUGCUAGGAUGAAGCUUGGACUUAAACCGGCGGCAGUUAGAGUAGAAGGAUUUGAUUGCCUCAGCAGGGAUUGCCAGAAUUCAGGCAUCCCUGCUGUUGCUUAAACUCCAUUUGUGGAACUGUAUAUAGAAGCCAAGUGCCACUACUUAUAACACAUGACUUAAGGGAGAAUUUUGAAUGUUUUGCAGAGGGACGUAAAAAAUUCAGUUAGUUGUGUAUAUAGAAAAUGUAUAUUUUUUUUUAUUUGGGGUAUGGUGAUCAUCUCAGUAUGACUUUCUUUUUGAGUAGUUUCGGGAGCUGUUGAAAAAGCAAACCUCGUGUUCUUGAGAAGGUUUGAUAUGUGAAGAGCAUAUUCUUUUGUAAUAUAUGGCGGUUGUAUAUGAGUGUCUUUUUAAGUUUUUUAGGUGAUCACCACAAACAUGUUCUGUAUAGAAUUGAUGAUUUUGGUUAUCGUCCCUGUAAGUAUAUUUAGGUAACUUUGAAAGUAUGUCUAUUGUAUUUAGUUAUUAAACUUGUCUUUUCUGUUC